AUGGCACCUCUGGAGGCAAAGGGCCCCUGCUGUGGAACUUGGAUCUCCACACAGCAGGCAGCAGAAAGAUGCGCAAGAGCCCGUAAGAAACGGGGUGAUGUUUGUUUUGCAGAUUCUGAUUCUGGAUCUGAGUCUGAUUCCGAUCAAGAGAAUGCUGGCUCUGGUAGUAAUGCUUCUGGAAGCGACAGUGACCAGGAUGAUGACAGGGAGGCAAUAAAACCUAGUAAUAAGGAGUUAUUUGGAGAUGAUAGUGAGGAUGAAGGGGCAUCCCAUCACACAGGGAGUGACAACCACUCUGAAAGAUCCUACAAUCGCUCUGAAGCUUCAGGACAUUCCGAGCAUGAAGAUAAUGAGCAGUCAGACGUGGACCAACACAGUGUUUCAGAAGCUGCUCAUGAUGAUGAGGAGGAUGAUCAUGGGCAUGGGUCAGAUGAAGGCAGUCAUCAUUCAGGAGACGGUUCUGAAAAAGCACAUUCAGAGGAUGAGAAGUGGGGCAAGGAGGACAAAAGCGAUCAGUCAGAUGAUGAUGAGAGACAGCAGAACUCUGACGAUGAGGAGAAAGUGCAGAACUCUGAUGAAGAUGAAAGGCCACAGAUGUCUGAUGAUGAGGAAAGACUCCAGAACUCGGACGAGGAGAAAAUGCAGAACUCUGAUGAUGAGGAGAGGCCGCAGGCCUCGGAUGAGGAGAAGAUGCAGAACUCUGACGAUGAUGAAAGGGCUCAGCACUCUGAUGAGGAGAAGAUGCAGAACUCUGAUGAUGAUGAAAGGGCCCAGCACUCUGAUGAGGAGGACCAAGAGCAUAAAUCUGUAGAGUCUGCAAGGGGCAGUGAUAGUGAAGAUGAAGUUCUGCGAAUGAAGCGAAAGAAACCAAUUGCGUCAGAUUCAGAAGUGGACAGUGAUACAGAAGGACAGAAAGAGCAUGCAGAUGUCAUGGAUCUGUUUGGAGGUGCAGAUGACAUUUCCUCAGGGAGUGAUGGAGAAGACAAGCCACCAACACCAGGACAGCCCAUUGAUGAGAAUGGACUGAGUCAAGAGCAACAGGAAGAAGAGCCUAUUCCAGAGACUAGAAUAGAGGUAGAAAUACCAAAAGUAAACACAGACUUGGGUAAUGAUUUGUAUUUUGUGAAGCUGCCCAACUUCCUUAGUGUGGAGCCCAGACCUUUUGAUCCCCAGUAUUAUGAAGAUGAAUUUGAAGAUGAGGAGAUGCUUGAUGAAGAGGGUAGAACUAGGUUAAAACUCAAGGUAGAAAACACAAUACGAUGGAGGAUGCGACGAGAUGAGGAAGGGAAUGAGAUCAGAGAAAGUAAUGCACGGAUCGUCAAAUGGUCGGAUGGAAGCAUGUCUCUCCACUUGGGCAAUGAGGUCUUUGACGUGUACAAGGCACCACUACAGGGGGAUCACAACCAUUUGUUUAUCAGACAAGGGACAGGUCUACAAGGACAGGCUGUUUUCAAGACAAAGUUAACCUUCAGGCCACACUCUACAGACAGUGCUACUCACAGGAAGAUGACUCUGUCUCUGGCAGAUAGAUGUUCAAAGACACAGAAAAUUCGUAUUUUGCCCAUGGCAGGUCGUGAUCCAGAGUCUCAGCGCACAGAAAUGAUUAAGAAAGAAGAGGAGAGGUUAAGAGCUUCUAUUCGUAGAGAAUCUCAGCAGCGAAGAAUGCGGGAGAAGCAGCAUCAGCGUGGUCUGAGUGCAAAUUAUUUAGAACCUGAUCGCUAUGAUGAAGAGGAUGAGGGAGAUGAUGCAAUCAGUUUAGCAGCUAUCAAAAACAGAUACAAAGGUGGCAUCAGAGAGGAACGUGCUAGAAUCUACUCUUCUGACAGCGAUGAGGGCUCAGAUGAAGAUAAAACACAAAGACUACUCAAGGCAAAGAAACUUACUAGUGAUGAGGAAGGUGAACCUUCUGGAAAGAGAAAAGCAGAGGAUGACGACAAAGCAAGUAAGAAGCAUAAGAAAUAUGUGAUCAGUGAUGAAGAGGAGGAAGAUGAUGAUUAAUAUUAAGGAAGCACAAAAGUUGAUUUUUUUUUUUAUAUAUAUAUUUAUAUAUAUAUUGUACAGUUCUCUUACAGCAAAUAUGUAAGUAACCAUAAUGAGGUUAUUUUGAUAAAGGAAAGUUCCAUUGAAAUCUGUGUUUCUGGUGUGAAUAAAGUUUUUUGACUUCCUUUUAUUUUUUAAGAUUUUCUCUUACUGCAGCAACUGUUGCACCAGGGAUCAUCACAGUGCCAUUUUUUUUUUAUCUUGCACAGCACAUUUCAGUUUUGAGAAUUGUAGUAACUGGCUAUCCAAGUGAAUUGAUCAGUGAUUUUUACUGUGUUCAUAAGGAGAAACCAUUCUAAUAUUUAUAGAAUGCUUAAAUGAUAAGUUUGCCUGACAAGGGUGUAGCGAUGUAGCUUACCGUUUGUAUGGAAGGGUUGGAAGAACAUAUGAGUGGUACAGUACAAUUCUGUUUUUUUCCUAGAUAGUCCUUAUCUCCUGUUGACUGCGGGCAGUACAUUACUAUGCUGGUAUAUUUUGAUGACUGAAAAUAUUUCUUAUCAUGUUUGAAUAAACUGUGAAGUUCCUGCAGUUAGACUAGUUAACUGAUCACAUAAGACGCUUAUUUUUCAUGCACUGAAGCCCAGAAUGAAAAUCUGCAUCUUGUCUGAGCAUAAAUAAUAACAGCAAUAAUAAUAAUAAUACUUGGCACAUGCUAAUGAAGUAAAUGUCAGAGUAAAAGAACUUAUUUAAACUAAGAAAUUUCUGCCAGCAGAGAUGAAAGUCUCCUUUGAAAGGUGAAAUGAACCACAUUGCAAAAAUACAUUGUAACAAUGGUGUCUCAUAAGCCCAUAUAAUCCGUAUGGUGCUAUUUUCUAUUGUUCCUGGUUGGUUUUAUAAAUAGGCUUGUUUAGCUGGGAAGUCACAGGAGGAGAAUGUUCUGGACAGAAUCAUUGCUGCCUUUACACUGUUUCUAAACACCUUAUUUGAUGUUGCAAUACCAGUUGUAAAGUGGGGAAAGGCUAGAAGAAAUAUCUGAACUUCUCCACGCUUUUUUUCCAGGAUGAAACAUCCCAUAGGUAGUUUCUCUUGUCGGUGAGAGACCAUUCAGGUGCUAUCUGUGUUGCUUUUUAACUGACUUUUCAUGCAGUUCUAUGGAGUUCGGAUGCAACUUGAGAAAAGUAACAGAAAGAAAACACAACUAGCUUAAUGCCUCUAAACAAAACCAUUGCCUGAUGCUGUGAAAAGUUUUAUUAUGUGGAUUUGUGUUGCAUAAGAUGCAAUAAAGUAGCUGAUAGUUACGUAAGGAGGACUGUUACCCAUCUCUCUCCUGCCCAGCGGAAUUCUGCUUUUUUAUGAAACAGUAGAAGGGUGCAGGUGCCUCAUAGUGAGCAUUUUUCUCUCUUGACAUUCCCUGAUUCUUUGAGAUACAGCUUUCAACCUGGACAUUUUCCUUUUGUCAUCUUUAAUUAGGCUAGUAGUUUGUCAAAAUACUCUAUUUCUCCUGCCCAGAAGGUACGGGAAGCGUUCUAGCUGCAGCAGCACAGAGCUCUGCAUGCGUUAAUAUAUUCUGCUGAGCAGCUGACUGCAGUGUCAACAUUUGCAAGUACGAAAACAAAGUGAAAAAUUUCAACUCUGAAGUCUGUGUGCCUGAGAAACAGUUCUUUUUUUUCUAUAAUUAAACUGUUAUCUAAGAGUUCCUGUGCCUCUUUAAUGUGCAGAUAAAACCUUUCUCCAUCUGCUGGAAUUUUGACCCUGUAAUCCUCUUAGUUUAGACCUCUGCUAGGAGACUGGCUCUUUACAUGAGGUUACCUGCUUUCCAUUUCUAACCUCAGGAAGAAGCCAGCUGUAUAGAAAGGGGCUCCUCCGGUAUGGAUGUAACAUGCUGUACUUUCAUGUAAAAGCCUGCCAGGUACCUCUUAAACAACAAAUUUGGCGUAUGGAAACACACCACCAUUUCACUGGCAAUGUGUUUGCUUUUAUGUCAGUUUAAUUAAAGUGUUGGCUAUUUUUAUUUUUACUACACUCCUAAGAGUGAAAAUGCUGUAAUCACUUUCAUAGGUUUGAUGCUGACUAAGCCUUUACUAAGUAAGAGGCCCAUCUUGGCUUCCAAAAAUGAGGCUUUUUGUGGAUUACAAAGAUGAAAAGAAGUAAUUUUUUACACUAUCUUCUUUUCAAGUCUUAUUUAAAUGUGGAAUUUUAGAAAGUGUUUUCUCAGCUUAAAUUGGUUUAACAAUCAUCUUGUAAUUAAAGUCACUUGAAUGAACUUAGCCUUAUCCACAGUAUUUUUUUACUUGUGAGUCGAAUGUAUAGUUUUAUUUAACUCGAAGACAGUUUUUGCUAUCCCUUUUCCCAGCCUCUAAGUAUGUGAGGAUUACUUGGAAUUGUUUCUUUUUACCCAAAUUAAAAAUAUUAAGCCAAAGAAAAGAGAAUGUAGAUUGGACUGUGUUUACCCUGUACUGACUGGUCAGAACGCUUCUUCCAGAAAGGGCAUGAUUUGAACAACUUCCAACAAAGAAAUUUUUUCUUUCAGGAGUUGAUACUAAGCUGUGCGAGUACGAGGUUUUUUGGCUAGUGCAGGAUGUAGGAUAAAUUAUCUUGAAACAGAUGCUGAAAGCUCUUCUUGGCUAUAUAACUUUGUUUUUUCAAGUAUAUCCUUCAACUGUAUCCUGGUUUCCAGUUGUUGAUCUGGAGUUUUCUUUCUGGUACCUGGUAGUGUUUUCUACCAGCCAUUUUGCUCCAUCCUAGCCAUGCAGCCUGGCCUGGAUUUCAUGUUGCAGCACACCCGAUGGAGCGGGGGUUGCCCACUGAAAGCAGCCGCUGCACUUGCAGUCCGUUGCUCUUCCUAGCAGCAGGGUGGGCAAUAACUAGCCUGACUCAGUGGGUCAACUUGCUAAACGGUCAUGAAAUUUCUUUUCUGUGGAGUUCUUUUGUUUUCUGCCAGGCAUGCCUGCAGAACUGCCUCAUUGGCGACAUGAGCUCCAGAGCUGGCUCAGUAAGUAGGUGUGGUCAUGAUUUAGGGGGCAUCGGGGAAGGGUGAUCUUUUUGGCAGUGAUAAACAUUGACUUGGCUUUCUUUUAAAAACUUACCCUGACAAUGCAGAAAGCAGUGAAUAGUUUUCUCCUGCAGUAGCUGCCUGAACUGGCACAUUGAAAAGUCAGCUGUGCCUUGAGGUGGUGCAAGGGGAAGCAGAGGGGGAGCAGGACAGAUCCUGUGUAUGGCCGCAAGUUUUAGCUCAGCUCUGAUACGAAGCUGCGGCCUGAGGAAUGUGUUAAACAUGAGAUGGUGACUUUCCUAUGAAGUCAUGGGUAUUUAUUUCUCAGCCAGUAGGCAUGGAUGUCCUCUGUGUGAGCCCAUUCUAGUAGAGUGCUUUUGUUUAACAGCAUUGGACUGCUAAUCAAGUUCUCCGGGUGUUGUUGAAUGUGUGGAAAGUGGUACAUGGGAAUAAUGGAGAAGAUUAUUUGUUUCUGUCUUUUAAUUUUUGCUAGAAGAGGUAUAAUGUCUUACACUUGUGAAACUUAGGCUAUUCUAACGUUCAGGAACUUGCCUGUGGCUUGACGUGGAAGUGCUUCUUGGAGAGCAAGGUGACUAAUACCUACUGUUGCCUGGUGAUGCCCUUUGACUUGAGCUGGAGUUUUUUUAAUAUUUGCCUGGACGUGAAAGACUUGCAGAAAAGCGGCAAACUGGUUGUGCUGGUUUUGGCUGGGAUAGAGUUA